AUACUUCAAGUCUCUGUAUUCUAAAGGAUAAUGCUUUGAUCUGGGGAUUUCUUGCAGUGUGUUAACAUUUCCUUAUUUUAGAGAGGCAAGGGAGUCUGCUACUCUUGCAGUGUAUUUGGAAACAUGUGGCUGUUUAGCAGAAAAGGGUCAUCUGGGUUCUCUUCAUCUUCCACUGCAGAGGAAGUUACACAGGGGAUUGAUGGCUCUGGUCUCACUGCCAUUGUUACAGGAGCAUCCAGCGGUAUUGGCACUGAAACUGCACGUGUUCUUGCUCUGCAUGGUGUUCAUGUAAUUAUGGGGGUCAGAAAUAGGGCUGCUGGUAGAGAUGUUAAAGAAACAAUUGUCAAGGAAAUUCCAUCAGCUAAACUUGAUGCAAUGGAAUUGGACCUCAGUUCAAUGGCAUCUGUGAGGAAAUUUGCUUCAGAUUUCUGCUCCUCAGGUCGCCCACUGAAUCUCCUUAUUAAUAAUGCAGGAAUUAUGGCAACUCCUUUCAUGCUUUCAAAGGAAAACAUAGAGCUACAGUUUGCAACCAACCACAUAGGUCAUUUUCUUUUGACGAAUCUCUUGCUGGACACUAUGAAGAAAACUGCACGUGCAAGUAAAAAAGAAGGAAGAAUUAUAAAUGUCUCUUCAGAAGCUCACCGUUACACAUAUAAGGAAGGAAUUCGUUUUGACAAAAUUAAUGAUGAGUCAGGGUACAGCAGUUUGGCUGCAUAUGGCCAAUCAAAGCUUGCUAAUAUUCUGCAUGCUAAUGAACUAGCAAAACGUCUAAAGGAAGAUGGAGUGGAUAUAACUGCAAAUUCACUUCACCCAGGAACAAUUGCCACCAAUAUUUUCCGCCAUAUGGGUGUUUUUGGUGGCCUUGUUAAUAUCUUUGGUAGGAUUGCACUUAAAAGCGUCCAGCAGGGAGCUGCAACAACAUGCUACGUGGCAUUGCAUCCACAAGUAAAGGGUAGAACUGGUGAAUAUUUCAAGGACAGUAAUAUAGGCCAAGCAAGUGCAUAUGGCAGGGAUAUGGAGUUGGCGAAGAAACUCUGGGAUUUCAGCAUGAAGAUGGUUAAAUGAGCAAACCAGCCGAUACCAGAGCCAAAUUUAUGUACAUUUCUCUCAAGUAAUAUGCUCUUCCCGCCAAGCUGUUUACAAGGAAACUAAUAAUUUUUGCACAAUCUGUUGUAGUUCUGUGAUUACAUUGCUGAUAGCCUGCUAUAGCAUGGUUUGGCAAGGGUCUUCUGAUUCUCCAUCAAUAUUGUAAACUUUAAUAAAGAGUUGAAUGUGGCUUCCAUUAAAUAACAAACAUGAGAUCAAUUAAUUAAGGGGCUUGAACUUGAAGUUCAUUUUACUUGACGAUGCACAUCUAGUAAACUUAAAGCCUAUUUUUUUGGGAUUUUUGAGCAAAGAUUCUGCGAACAGGAAUUGUUCUACCUGCUU